ACACAAGGCAUUGACCACAAUGCAUCUGACACCAAGGACCCAGAUAGUCCCUGCUGCAAGUAUCGAUACCUCCACAUUGCACCUGGGUAGUGCAGCAUCUUUGAGAUCUUCGAAGUUCACUCAAGCUCUCAUUGCUAGUAGAGGCACACCCACUCCCUCUUAGCAACCUCAAACCCCGGACAAUUAUACGAUACAAAUUUCACGAUUCUUAUCUUUAUUCCGCACUCGAUAGUCAGAGGCGGAAUCAGAACCCUCCUUCUCUCAACCUGGUUACGAUGGCAAAGAGGAAGAGCAAGGGAAACAAAACUCGCAAUGAACCACAAAGUACAGAGAAAAGUCCCUGUUCCAUUCCACCAGAGCUGGUCCCUACGAAGUCUACCAGUAAUGACAUCUGGUCCAUCUGGUCUAACGUUUCCAGGUCUGACUUUUGUGCAAUUUUGAGCCUUUCUAAAAAGCAGUGCGUACAUGUCCACAAUUUCUUCAUAUGCAGCCGCUCUGGUGAGACGUUGGGUGCUGGACAGGAUUGGGGAGCCAUCGAACUAAGAAGUAGCCUUCGUCGAGCUUUCGAAAGACUUCCCUUCAGUGAUUUAUACCUAUCAUUUGCAGAAAUCAAGGCGCAAGUCUACGGGCAAGAUUACUUCAGGUCCUACGAUGCUGCCGCCAUAGUCUUGGAUCUUAUUUCUCGCUACCGGAGCGAUCCAAUGUCGCUCACCUUGGACUUCAGAACAGCGAUGUCGCCGGCUAUAAGUCCAGAAAUGAUGAGUGAUAUUGGACGGAUGAAAGAGAUAGAAUUCGACUGAGACCACUUCAGAGAACUGUCUGUGUACUUUGAUGCGAAUGCCGGAGAUCUAUGCAUUGAUUUGCUACAACAAUUUGAACAUGGCGUUUGUAUGUUAUUUCCCUGGUUGUAGUUACUCUGAUAGACGUCUUCAUGCAUGGAAAGAUGCCUUC